GAUUCUCCUUCCAAUAGAGACACCAUGUUAAGUAGCUGAACCUGUGAAAAUCUUAAAUCUGGAAAUGUGAUCCAUAUAACACUUAAAUAUCAGCCUUUCAGUGGUGCAAUCUGGCAACCUUGGAUCUGGCAACCCUGGAUUUUGCGCUCAGAAGCGCUUUGGAGAUGGAACAGAGAGCUGGGAAGAUUUCUCUAAGAAGGCUCCAUUAGAAGAAGACUCCAGGUUUUUUUUUUAUGCAUUAAAUUAAAUUUUUUUUAAUAUGGGAUUUUAAACAUUUGUAACUUUUUUUUCUGGGUUUGCGUUAUUUGUAAUUAUGCCUGAGCCAUUGCGCACGGAGAUGAAGCUCUGCGGAUUGAUGCACUUAAUGAUGUGGACGUAAAGAGAAUAAAAGGAGUGAUAAUAAUUCGGAAAAAUCACAAUAAAAUAAAUAAUAAUCAUUUUGCGCGCACGCGGCAUGAACGCACCGGGUGGCAUGGACGCGCCCGCGGUCUCCUACCCGCCCUCGUCGGCAAACGCGUCGUGGGAAUCGGGCAGACGCUACUCGAGGACGGCAGCGGUGGGACUUGCGGCUCUGGUCGCCUUCCUCAUCGUGUUCACGGUGGUGGGAAACGCGCUGGUGAUGCUCGCUGUACUGACGAGCCGUGCGCUUCGGGCGCCGCAAAAUCUGUUCCUGGUGUCUCUGGCCGCGGCGGACAUCCUGGUGGCGGCGCUCGUCAUGCCUUUUUCGCUGGCAAACGAGCUGAUGGGGUACUGGCACUUUGGGCGUGCGUGGUGUGGUGCGUACCUGGCGCUCGACGUACUCUUCUGCACCGCCUCUAUCGGGCACCUGUGUGCCAUCAGCCUGGACCGCUAUUGGUCAGUCACGAGUGCCGUCCAGUACAACCUUAAGCGCACACCUCGCCGCAUCAAGGCUGCCAUACUGGUCGUGUGGCUCAUCUCUGCCCUCAUAUCCUCGCCGCCCCUGCUCUCCAUUAUGGAUGACGGAUUGGCGGAGGGCGCGGGGCAGCUCCCGCAGUGCGAGCUCAACGACGACACGUGGUACAUUUUAGCCUCCAGUUCUGCGUCAUUCUUUGUUCCAUGCAUCAUCAUGAUCCUUGUCUACGUGCGCAUUUACAGGGUGGCCAAGACAAGAACGAGGACUGCGGAGAAAAAGCCGAGUUUGGACACCGAGAACGGGGUCAGCAUCGCCACAUCAGUGGUGAGGAUGAACGGAGAGAGAGAGAACGGGCACUGCCCAGGGACACCAGGUCUAAAUGCUGAGCCACGGCCUUCGAUUCAGGCCGAGCCAGAAGCCACCUCGACUUUAGAGGCCAAAAGCUGGAAGGAAAAAGAUACAACGCCGAGCAGAAGCCAGUGUGAGAGUUCAAAACGUGGGUCUUCACUGGCAUCACUGGCAUCAGAGACCAGCAGGCGGGCAUCCCGGGCCAGCAGCAAGACGCGGGAUUUGUUCUCGUCUCGGAGGAUGUCGAGCGGACGAAGGAAGAACAGCAGUGGAGGCAGCAGCAUAAGGAGGAGGAGGGCGUCCCAGGUGCGUGAAAAGCGGUUCACCUUUGUGCUGGCUGUGGUUAUGGGUGUCUUUGUGCUCUGCUGGUUCCCUUUCUUCUUUAGCUACAGCCUGUACGGCGUGUGCCGCCAGGCGUGCCACAUUCCCGACCUCCUCUUCAAGUUCUUCUUCUGGAUCGGUUACUGCAACAGCUCGCUCAACCCUGUCAUCUACACCAUCUUCAACCAGGACUUCAGAAGGGCUUUUCACAAGAUCCUCUGCUCACCCUGGAAGAGAUCCUUUUAGAGCUCGGAUUUAGAGCAUAGAACAGGCUCUAUAGAAAUGGUUUUAGAUAAAUGAAACAAGAAACAUUCACAGACGUUUUCUGGAGUCAUGGACGUCCUGUAAUUCUUUUGCAUUCCCUGAUAGUUGACAUAUUAAAUUAGAAAGUCCUGAGUUUCUCUCCUGUUAGGAAAUGAACCAUUAUGAUGUUUAAUAAGAUUGGACUUUCUCUACUCUGGAAGUCAGAGGGAGAAUUAGAGGUGAGUUGUGGGCUUCUGGCAAAGACAAACCAAAGCAGGAGCAAACAUGAGAGUGUGUGUGCACUGCUAGGUGUAAAUUUACAGAUGUAUUUAUUUUUUAUGCAAGUGCUGAAGAUGCUGUAUUAAAAUAAAUAUUGUAUAAACCUU